AUGUUUCAUGAUUUGGUUGUUUUUGUUUUGUUCUUACCUAUUUGCAUCCAAGGAGCUCCAUCUUCUUGGGCUAAAGAAGAAUCAGAUGCCCUUCUCAAAUGGAAAGCUAGUUUACUGAAUCAGAAUAACCCCUUACUGGCUUCAUGGCAUCUCGAGCCCCCUGCGACAAAUGAUUCCAAUUCUUCGCAUCUUCCCAACCGAAUUUCCAGCCCUUGCAUUCACUUGUAUGGGAUCUCAUGCAUUAAUGCAAGUAUCAACAGGUUAAAUCUAUCAAACUCGAAUAUAGACGGUACACUUAACGUCUUCCCCUUUUCAUCACUCCCUAAUCUUGAGUAUCUUGAUCUUAGCGUAAACCAUCUUUCUGGCAACAUACCGUCAGAGAUAGGCUACUACAACCCCUCCAAGCUCAUGUAUCUUGAUUUGGGUACUAACCAUCUUGAAGGCUAUGUUCCUUCUUCCUUGAUUUGA